AUGGCGUCCUGCGUGGGGAGCAGGACCCUGAGCAAGGACGAUGUGAACUACAAGAUGCAUUUCCGGAUGAUCAACGAGCAGCAAGUGGAGGACAUCACCAUCGACUUCUUCUACCGGCCGCACACCAUCACGCUGCUCAGCUUCACCAUCGUCAGCCUCAUGUACUUCGCCUUCACCAGGGAUGACUCUGUCCCAGAAGACAACAUCUGGCGGGGUAUCCUCUCUGUUAUUUUCUUCUUUCUUAUCAUCAGUGUGUUAGCUUUCCCCAACGGUCCGUUUACUCGGCCUCACCCAGCCUUAUGGAGGAUGGUUUUUGGCCUCAGUGUGCUCUACUUCCUCUUCCUGGUCUUCCUCCUCUUCCUGAACUUCGAGCAGGUGAAGUCCAUCAUGUACUGGCUAGAUCCAAAUCUCCGCUACGCCACGAGGGAAGCGGACAUCAUGGAGUACGCCGUGAACUGCCAUGUCAUCACCUGGGAGAGGAUUAUCAGCCAUUUCGAUAUAUUUGCAUUUGGGCAUUUCUGGGGCUGGGCCAUGAAGGCCUUACUGAUCCGCAGUUAUGGCCUCUGCUGGACCAUCAGCAUCACCUGGGAGCUAACCGAGCUUUUCUUCAUGCACCUGCUGCCCAAUUUCGCUGAGUGCUGGUGGGACCAGGUGGUCCUGGACAUCCUGCUGUGCAACGGCGGCGGCAUCUGGCUGGGCAUGGUCGUCUGCCGCUUCUUAGAGAUGAGGACCUACCACUGGGCCAGCUUCAGGGACAUCCACACCACCACUGGGAAAAUCAAAAGAGCCGUGCUGCAGUUCACGCCUGCCAGCUGGACCUACGUUCGAUGGUUCGACCCCAAGUCUUCAUUUCAGAGGGUGGCUGGGAUAUACCUGUUCAUGAUCAUCUGGCAGCUGACUGAGUUGAACACCUUCUUCUUGAAACAUAUCUUUGUGUUCCAAGCCGGUCAUCCACUGAGUUGGUGUAGGAUUCUCUUCAUUGGUGGCAUCACGGCGCCCACAGUGAGACAGUACUACGCUUACCUCACCGACACGCAGUGCAAGCGCGUGGGGACUCAGUGCUGGGUGUUUGGGGUCAUUGCUUUCCUGGAAGCUAUUGUUUGCAUAAAAUUUGGACAAGAUCUCUUCUCUAAGACACAGAUACUAUAUGUUAUGCUUUGGCUUCUUUGUGUGGCCUUCACCACCUUCCUGUGCCUGUACGGCAUGGUGUGGUACGCGGAGCACUGCGGCCACCGAGGAAAGACUUACUCCGAGUGUGAAGACGGCAGCUACAGCCCGGACAUUUCCUGGCCUCACGGGAAAGGCACAAAAGGUUCUGAAGACAGGCAUCCAGGCAACAGCGAAAGCCAUUCUUCCCGGAGAAGAAGCCGACAUUCCAAGUCCAAAGUCACCAACGGCGUUGGGAAGAAAUGA